AUGGCCGAUGAAUAUGUCCAUCUGAACGCAUACAAUGGCGCACCUCUAGUGGCCACAUGUGUGGUCUUCCUCAGUCUGACUUGGCUGGCCGUAGGGCUGAGGAUAUAUACGAGAGCGGUGGUGAUUAAGAGUCUCCAAGAGGAUGACUGGCUCAUGCUUGUGGCUCAGCUUAUUUUCACACUCUCGUGCAUCUUCAUCUUCAAUGGUAUCCAUUCUGGAAUGGGUAGGCAUAAUGCUGCCGUUACUGAUGGCGACGAGCAAGCCACAGCUCUCAUGUGGCAAGCAUUGGCGACGGCCUCUUACAUACUCAACAUGAUGUUCAUCAAAAUGAGCAUUGGCAUAUUUCUUCUACGAGUCUCUGCUCGAAAAAUCUACAACUGGAUCAUCUGCGUUAGCUUGGGCGUUGUUAUCGUCUGGAGCCUUGUCACUUUCUUCUACGACGUAUUUCAGUGCAGUCCCAUACAAAAACAGUGGGAUUUCCGCAUCGAGAGCGGAAAAUGCGUAUCGACAAGUGACCUUGUUUCUGCCGCAUACGCCAUCAGUGUGAUGACAAUUUUAUCGGACUGGUUAUAUGCUCUGUUGCCCAUACCGAUGCUGUGGUCAGUCAAGAUGACUCCUCAAGCCAAAGCAACUGUCAUCAUCAUCCUCGGUCUUGGAAUAUUCGCGAGUGUUGCCACUCUUAUUAGGAUCAGGUAUUUAACUGUGAUGAAGGAUCUCGAUGAUUUGCUGUUUGCGGCAACACAAGUAAUGACAUGGACCGUCAUUGAGCCUGGAGUAGCCAUCAUCGCUGCCAGCCUUGCUACAAUCCGCCCUCUACUGCGCGCGUGGAGAGUGCACGGCUUCUUGUCUACGGGCCGCAGCCGCACAGCGCACAGCGCCCCCUCUGCCUAUGCGAGGCAGACCACGGAAAAUCGAUCCACGCCUGUCAUCGACCAAAUCUUUGGGCCCGACGACGUUUCUCUAAAAAGUGUCCAGCCCAACUACGAGACGGUACCUCCUGAGACUUCGAUGAGCACCAUCGGCUUGACUAUUGAGCAGGCCCAAGCUAGCACGUUAACGGUCUCUCGACUGGACGUGGAGCAAGCGAGGAGCCAUGCUGGCCAAGGCAAAGGCCGCACUCCAUCGCGCAGCGUCAUAACAGAGGCAUCACACAAGACCAACUCGUCUCUGUUCGACGACCUCAACGGACUCGAAGCUCAGAGCCAAGAAGGUGGAUACUGA